AUGGAGGGUGUGGAAGCAGCGAAUAAGAUGCACUACGCGGCUGCCGGCCAGGCUUCUAUGAUGACCCUUGAGAGAAACAUGCGCUUUAUCCAGGAAAGAGUGCCAGCUGCCCGCAUCAAUAAGGCGCAGUGUGCGCUGGUCGCGCUUCGUCUGCAGCACAUCUUUCACACCUUGGUGCGCCUUCCCGAUCCAUCGCCGUCGCCGCAGCUGUUAACCGUCUUUGCUUCUGCCGAAAUGUUGGUGCAGACUAUGGGAAGUGCAGGGUGGGAAGCACUACUACUGAGAUGUUUUACCUGCACUGCCGUCUUCACCGGGCUGUUUGAGCGCAUAAAGGGAGCCUGGCGGCUUCACUCUACAGUUUCGUGGACAGCGGAGCACAAGGUAGCCAUAGGUGAGGAUGAGGUGGCAAACGCCUCCAUUUACGUGCAGCUUAUGCAGAAUGACGGUGCAUGCACUGCGACGCCCCCCACGACCUUAUCGUUGGAGGGUCCGUUGGAAAACGCGUCUGGGCUGACGGUGAAGCAGGUGAUUGACGUCUUCCGUCGGCGCAAGUUAGGCGGCUGGAAAGUGCCCUUUGAGGAGCUCAUAUCUGCCGAAGGCGGCGCAGGCAACGACGCGGCGUCGUCAAGGAAUGUGCAUCUGGUAUUUGAUGCACACAACGGGUACCGCUACAAGGACACAGCGGUGCUGCUGCAUGAACUUGAGGAGGUGGAUGGAAAGCGCAUCUCCGCUGAAAUUGUCAUGGCCUUUGUGCAGGAUAUGGCUGCACGCGCAACUUGGUUGCACCCAAAUAUUGUUCCUUUUAUUGGGGCCUUCACGGAGAAAAUAUCGACCCACGACGGUGACGUGCCUUUGAUGUCCGCAACACCCACAACGGCACUUGGAUUCAUCACGGAAGAUGUAACCGAGUGGACGGUGCAGGCUGCCGUGGACUACAAUCCCCACGCCUCGGCUGCGUCGUACGUUGUUCGUCCGUUAGGAAGUUGCAGAGGGCCUGUGGCGGCGUACCAUUCCCUGCAUGAAAUUAUGUUUGUGCACCGUCGACGGUUUACGCUUCGCGAAGCCGUGGGUAUCACGCUGCAGGUGGCGGACGCGCUGCAUUAUAUUCUGAUGGAUGAAAUGCAGGUGCCGUUUGAAGUGGCCGCAGCGUGGGUUGUAGUAUCACCAUCGAACAUUUUUAUCUGCCCCAUUUUCUGCGCAGAUGAGGCGGGAAUGGUGACCACGGGCCCUGCGAGGAAGUGGUCCUCUCCAGUCUGGGGGCGGGAAGGCGCCGUGUACGACGAGGGGAUGUGGCUAACCACCAACACGGGCCCGUUCCUCGCUACCAGGGAGGCGCAGGAGGGGAGAGAGGUGGAGUACGUGCGUGUGCCAGUCCUUGGGGACUUCGCCGUCGUGUACACCCCACCGGUGUACGUUGAGGGCGGCCCGUUCAGUCGCUGGCAGCCCCAUCCGCAUGCCGCCAGCCCGGUCAGCUACUCCCUCACCCAACUCUUCCUUGCACUUGUCAGCAAUGAGCCUCCCUACCGCCUCUUGAGGCGGCAGGCGGACCUCGCCGCGCGUAUCUUCAACGCGGCAGAGUACGCGGACUACAAUAACGCUUGUACCGCCGUAGAUAAUUCCGCAGCCGACGGCUUGCCAUUUGUGAAGGUGAGUAUUCCAAUAGGGAGCGUGAUUCCAGCGGGCCUCCCGGCGGACAUGCGCGCCCUUUGUCAGCGUGGCCUGUUGCUGCAUUGCUCGCAUGAGAAUAGCAAUAACAAAGGUCUCACACUCGUGGAAUUUCGUGGAAGCAUGUACGCGAUAUACGAGAGCGCACCGGAUACCCCAUGUGAUCUCACUGCGGUAUCGCCGGGGCGGCAACAUUCGCAUGAUAGGAUCACGGAACCCGACUCCCGUUUGCCGCAUGGCACUGAGGUUUAUUCGGCAGUCGAAAUGACGUCUGUAACGCCGUUACUGGAUGACUACGGUGAGCUUUACUAG